ACAGAUCUUAUUUAUCCGAGCACUCAUAGGAGAAAGUCAACGCUAUACAUCAGUGAUACCUUCAUUUUAAACCAAAGACAUACAGAAUGGAUCUCUCUCGAAAUACAUUUAGGUGAAUGGGACCUAUUUUUUUAUCAUCAACAUAUGGUGCUAAAUGCACGUCCUAACGGCAUCUUUCCACACAUAUGUAAGGAUAUAUAGCGCGUGAGUCGUCAGAACACCGCCACAACAGCGCGCUCAGACGCGCAUUUUACGCACAAUGGAGAGCCUGCUGAAAGAAACGAUUUUCUGGCCCUUCAACGACUCCUGGGCAAAUUCAAGCAAGGCAAACGACAGCAGAGGAUUGAACCAAACCGUAAACCCUCUGAAGCGCAACGAAGAAGUGGCGAAAGUCGAAGUAACCGUCCUGGUGUUGAUUCUGCUGCUGGCGCUCGCCGGCAACCUGUGUGUCCUUGUGGCCAUCCAGACGAGUAAACACGUUCAGUCGCGGAUGUACUAUUUUAUGAAACACUUGAGCAUAGCUGACCUGGUGGUGGCGGUUUUUCAAGUUCUCCCUCAACUUAUCUGGGACAUCACCUUUCGCUUUUAUGGACCGGACUUUUUGUGCCGCCUGGUGAAGUACCUACAGGUGGUUGGCAUGUUUGCAUCCACUUACAUGCUCGUGCUGAUGUCUAUCGACAGAUGUUUGGCUAUAUGGCAGCCUCUGAGAUCCCUGCGCCGUCGAAAGGACCGUUUUUUCGUGCUGGCCUCUUGGAUUAUAAGCCUGCUCUUCAGUUUGCCACAGGUGUACAUCUUCUCCCUCAGAGAGGUGGGCGACGGGGUCUUUGACUGCUGGGGGGAUUUUGUUCAGCCCUGGGGCGCAAAGGCUUAUGUCACGUGGAUUAGUCUCACAAUCUACAUCAUUCCUGUAGCCAUUUUAAGCGUUUGUUAUGGACUUAUAAGUUAUAAAAUAUGGCAAAACUUUAAGCUGAAGACCCGACGCGACCAGUGUCUGUCCUUGACCCCGCGGCCAGCCAAGGGCACCGCGCUCUCCCGCGUCAGCAGCGUCAAGUUGAUCUCCAAAGCUAAGAUCAGGACGGUGAAAAUGACUUUUGUGAUCGUCCUGGCUUAUAUCAUAUGCUGGACGCCGUUUUUCUUUGUACAGAUGUGGUCCGCCUGGGAUCCAUUGGCUCCAAGAGAAGCUAUGGCGUUCAUUAUUGCGAUGCUUCUGGCCAGUCUCAACAGCUGCUGUAACCCCUGGAUCUACAUGUUUUUCGCUGGUCAUCUGUUCCGGGAUCUCAUGCAGCGCUGUCUUAUGGCAUCACACUGCGGCUGUAAGAGGCAAUGGAGGUCUAAGAGCCAUUCAGGAACGGGUGCAAUGAGGAGCACCAGCAGCCAGAAGAGUGUGACGCAGUCCUCUACUACAUGAGAGAAAGUUGGAAUACAUGCAGUUCGUAUAAGCGUCAUGGACAGAACAAUAAGAUAACAUAAGCUAAGGAAUCAUUUCAUAUGAUUUUUACAGGUGUGGUGCAGAUCUCAGAUACGUUAGCCAUGGAUAAUCUACAGUCCCUUAAGUUUAAAAUCUGUAUCUUUACAAAAGUAAUGCUUGACCUGUAGCUGUCUUUGAUAAAGGAGGUAUUUAUAUCCAUCUCUUCUCCAAACUGCUUAUUCUCUGGAGUCUUAGGAGUCAUUAACAUGUGUAUGCCUAAAGGAACAGUUCACCCAAAAAGAAAAAAAUUGCUAAAAAUGUACUCACAAGCUGUAGAUCACUUUGUUACUUGAAACUGAAGUCUGUUUCAAGUAUGUAUAAAUAAAAGUGGAGGCAAUGGAGGAAUGAUGGAAGGAGAAUCCUCACAGAAAUAAGGAAUGUAUGACACUUGUGUGAGUUAUGUUUCUCCUGCCAAAUUUUAAAAAUUGUUUGAAAUCUAAUUAAAAAAAAAGUCAGUUAUAAUUUCAGCCUUUAUGUUUUCAGAUCAAGCAUUUGGGACAAAUAUAGUGAAUAUCUGAAUAACCAAAAAGCCCCUGGUCAUUUCAGAAUUUUAACAGGAAGAUCAGAUAAAUACACUUUAAUGAAAUACAGCAUAUGAUCUGUUGACUAUGUCUUAACUUUUGCCAAGUCAGCACCUUUUAUCGUAGUAUCAUAUGAAGUUACAAACCAUACUUUAAACAGUAAACAAAUAUAAAUUUAGAAUUAGCACUUUUUCUUAAAUGUAUGUGAAUCUGUGUGUGUGUGUGAGAGAGAGAGAGAGAGAGAGAGAGAGAGGGAGGAAAUAAAUUCUUUUUUAGGAGGAACAGUUCACCCAAAAUUGAAAAUUGUGUGAUCAUUUACUCACUUUCGUGUUGUUCCUAACCCAUUUGAUUUUCACGCCAUUUGAGGAUCACAUAUCAAUGGCAUUAAAGGUUUUAAAGAAUAACUAUUUAAUACAAUAACUUGGUGUUAUAUUCUUUUGCAGCCAUGCACAGGGACUACAGGAGUUACAUUAAAUAACAGCUUAAAGCUACUGCAUGGCUUUAGAAAACUUUUGAGUUUCCUGUAGUGUUGUGCUUGAAUGGACUUUUAUGGUGCUUUCAUGAAGUCUGACAACAAUGUGCUUUCUUCAUAGAAGAAGUGCAGCUUAGAGAUUAGUUAGCCAGAAGUCAUACUGAUUUGGAUCUGAGGGUGAGUAAAUGAUGAGGACAUAUUCAUUUUCUGGUGACUUUUCAGUGGUUUUGAUGUUCCAGCAGUGUUCCUUAAUCAGUAUUUUGUAGAAAUAUACUGUAAAUAUUGUUCACACAGCAGUUCAAUAAGGCUGUGACUCACCUGAAUGUAAUCUUAUUUAUUAAACUUCUUUGUGUUCUAACAAAUGCAUUAGACUGUGGUUCUGGAUAUGAAUAAACAUGAUCAACUGCA